CCGGGCUGUAGAGGCUGGUGUGGCGUGUGGAGAGAAGCUCCUUCACUUCUCUGGUUUCUGAUAAUCUAGUGUGAAGACUCUACAGGCUGUGCACAGGAAGCAUCCGGCAGUAUGGCGUUAAAGCUGACCAUUAACACCAACAACCCGCCGCUAGGAGCGCUGUUAGCUGCAGAGCAUGUGAAGAACACUGUGCAGGUGUCGGUGGAGGAAGGCAAAGACAACAGCCUUCACAUCUCAGACCUGAUCCAGUUUAACGAUGGAAACUCCAUCAGCCGCUACCUGGCCCGGGUGGCUCCUGCUCUGGGCCUCUACGGAGCCAAUAUGAUGGAGCAGACGGAGGUGGACCAUUGGCUGGAGUUCAGCGCUCGUCGUCUGUGUAAUCAGCCCGAUCUGACAAUGGCACUGGGUGUCCUGGACAAGACCCUCUCUUUGCGGACCUUCCUGGUUGGACAUGCCCUCACCCUGGCUGACCUGUCUGUGUGGGCUGCCCUGAAAGAUCAGAGUGAUUGGCCAAGCCAGGGCAGAUCUUUUCCUCAUGUCAGCCGCUGGUUCUUCUUCCUGAACUCACAGGUUCCGUUCUCUGCCGUGGGCAACAACUACAGCAUUAAGAAAUCUGCAAAGAACAAUUCCAGCUCAGGUGACAAGAAGCAGGAUGUUGGGAAGUUUGUGGAUUUGCCUGGAGCUGAGAUGGGCAAGGUGGUUGUUCGAUUCCCUCCUGAGGCCAGCGGAUAUCUGCACAUUGGCCACGCCAAGGCUGCCCUGCUAAACCAGCACUACCAGGUGACAUUUAAAGGCAAGCUCAUCAUGCGCUUUGAUGACACCAACCCUGAGAAGGAGAAGGAGGACUUUGAGAAGGUCAUUCUGGAAGAUGUCGCCAUGCUCCAGAUCCAUCCAGAUCAGUUCACCUACACCAGUGACCAUUUUCCUAUCAUCAUGCGAAUGGCAGAGAAGCUUCUUGCUGAGGGCAAAGCCUACAUCGAUGACACCCCUCCUGAGCAGAUGAAGCAGGAGAGAGAGCAGCGCACUGAGUCCAGAUGUAGAAAUAAUUCUGUGGAGCAGAACAUGAAGAUGUGGGCCGAGAUGAAAGCCGGGACUGCGUUUGGUCAGACCUGCUGCAUGAGAGCCAAGAUCGACAUGAGCUCCAACAAUGGCUGCAUGAGAGACCCCACCCUAUACCGUUGCAAGAACGCCCCCCACCCUCGCACCGGAGCAACCUACAAAGUCUACCCAACAUACGACUUUGCCUGCCCCAUUGUGGACAGUCUGGAGGGGGUUACUCAUGCUCUUAGGACUACAGAGUACCACGAUCGUGACGAGCAAUUCUACUGGCUAAUCGAAGCUCUUGACAUCAGAAAACCUUACAUCUGGGAAUACUCCAGACUCAACCUCAACAACACAGUGCUGUCAAAACGGAAACUCACCUGGUUUGUCGACCAGGGAUAUGUGGAUGGGUGGGAUGAUCCCCGCUUCCCUACUGUGAGAGGAGUGUUGAGGAGAGGAAUGACUGUGGAGGGUUUGAAACAGUUUAUAGCAGCACAGGGUGGAUCGAGGUCAGUGGUGAACAUGGAGUGGGACAAGAUCUGGGCCUUCAAUAAGAAGCUGCCCGUUAGCUGUCUGAAGGUCAUUGAUCCUAUAGCUCCCAGGUACACAGCUCUGUCCAGCUCCUAUGUGGUUCCGGUUUCAGUCCCAGGGGCAACGGAGGAGAUGAAGGAGGUGGCCAAGCAUCCCAAGAACAUGGAGGUCGGCAUGAAGGGCGUUUGGUACGGACCUCGAGUUCUGGUUGAAGGAGCCGAUGCAGAGACCUUUACAGAAGGAGAGACGGUCACUUUCAUCAACUGGGGCAACCUUGUUAUCACUAAGAUCAACAAAGGGGCUGACGGUAAGGUUGUGUCCAUGGAGGCUCACCUGAACCUGGACAACAAAGACUUCAAGAAGACAACGAAGAUCACGUGGCUGGCUGAAACCAACAGCGCCCCUCUGCUGCCCACCAUCUGCAUCAACUACCAGCCGCUCAUCACUAAAGCUGUCAUCAUCAAAGAUGAUGAUUUCAAAGAGUACAUAAAUAAAAACAGCAAGUUGGAGGAGAAGAUGCUUGGCGAUCCAUGUCUGAAGAGCCUGAAGAAAGGGGACAUCAUCCAGCUUCAGAGGCGGGGCUUCUACAUCUGCGACCAGCCCUACGAGCCAGUCAGUCCCAACAGCUGCAAGGAGAGUCCUUGUGUUCUGCUCUACGUUCCCGAUGGCCACACCAAGGAGAUGCCCACUGCUGGAUCCAAGGAUAAAAGCAAGAGCCAGGCCUCCAGCAAUACACAUGCUAAGGUUACCAGCGCUCCUUCAACCCCUGUCUCGGCUCCUACACCGACUCCUGCCUCAGCCUCAGCAGCUGACCUGUUCUCAAGUAUUGUAGCACAGGGUGAAGUUGUCCGCAACCUAAAGGCUGCCAAGGCCCCGAAAGAGGAAGUCGAUAAGGCCGUGCAGCAGCUGCUUUCUCUGAAGGCUGACUUUAAACAGCAGACAGGUGUAGACUACAAACCAGGCAUGGCUCCACCCUCAUCCGCACCAACCACAACGGCGGCAUCUGCCUCAGCAGCACCUACACCAGAGCCCUCGUCUUGUCCUUACACCCGGGUUUCCCAGCAGGGGGAGCUGGUCAGGAAACUGAAGGCAGAGAAGGCUCCUAAGGACCAGAUCGAUGCUGCAGUGAAGCAGCUCCUCGCUCUCAAGGCAGAGUUUAAAAAGAUCACUGGUGAGGAUUACAAACCGGGGAUGGGCACACCCUCUUCCUCGGCUGCAGCCACUGCGACCUCUUCCUCCUCCUCUUCUUCUUCUUCUUCUUCUUCUUCUUCUCCUGGUCUGUAUGAGCGUGUCGCACUUCAGGGGGAGGUUGUGAGGAAACUGAAGUCUGAAAAAGCCCCCAAGGACAGGAUUGAUGCAGCUGUUAAACAGCUUCUUACCCUGAAAGAAGAGUACAAACAGGCCACAGGGCAGGACUACAAGCCAGGAGCAGCCCCUGCCCUAAAGACCACCACCCCAUACCAGAACAGUGCUAGCCCCGUUUCCGCUGCCACUAGUACCCUCUAUGAGAUGGUAGCUGAACAAGGAGAGGUGGUCAGGAAGCUGAAGGCUGAAAAAGCCCCUAAAGAUCAGGUCGACGGGGCGGUGAAACAGCUUCUGGUUCUAAAGGAACAGUAUAAACAGCAGACUGGACAGGAAUACAAGCCAGGCUCACAAUCCUCAGCUAGCCCUGCUCAGACCCAGGCCAGUACUGCCUCCACCCAAACCAGCACCUCAGCCCUGGCUCAGCAACUCUUCUCACAGGUGGCCCAGCAGGGAGAGCUGGUGAGGAAACUGAAGACUGAGAAGGCUGCUAAGGAGCAGGUGGAUGAAGCUGUGAAGACUCUACUGGACCUGAAGAGCAAGUACAAGUCUCUCACUGGAGAGGACUACAAACCAGUAACUGCUGCUGGAGCCACUGGAGGAGAGGACAAGAACCGCAAGGAGAGGGAGAACAAGUCUGAGAAACAGGGGGGAGGAGGUGGUGGAGGAGGGAAAAAGGGGAAAGGAGACAAGGGAGGUCAAGGAAAGGAGUCAUUUGGAGGUGCAGGAGGCACAGGAGAGGGACAAGGCCCCAAGAAACAGACACGGUUGGGUCUAGAGGUCAAGAAAGAGGAGAACCUUGCUGAGUGGUACUCUCAGGUCAUCACUAAAGCAGAGAUGAUCGAGUACUAUGAUGUGAGCGGCUGCUAUGUGCUGCGGCCGUGGUCCUACUCCAUCUGGGAGGCAAUAAAAGACUUCUUUGACAGGGAAAUUAGAAAACUGGGUGUGGAGAACUGCUACUUCCCCAUGUUUGUUUCCCAAGCUGCACUGGAGAAGGAAAAGUCCCAUAUUGCAGAUUUUGCUCCUGAGGUUGCCUGGGUAACCCGUUCAGGAAAGACUGAGCUGUCUGAGCCCAUCGCUGUCAGACCCACCAGUGAGACAGUGAUGUAUCCGGCUUACGCCAAAUGGGUCCAGUCCCACAGAGAUCUGCCAAUCAAACUCAACCAGUGGUGCAACGUUGUGAGAUGGGAGUUCAAACACCCCCAGCCCUUCCUGAGGACACGAGAGUUCCUGUGGCAAGAGGGACACACAGCAUUUGCCACAAAGGAGGAAGCAGCUGAGGAGGUGUUGCAGAUCCUGGAUCUGUAUGCCAGGGUGUAUGAAGAGCUGAUGGCCAUCCCUGUGGUGAAGGGGAGGAAGACUGAGAAGGAAAAGUUUGCUGGAGGAGAUUACACAACUACAGUGGAGGCAUUCAUCUCUGCUAGCGGCCGAGCCAUUCAGGGUGCUACAUCCCACCAUCUAGGUCAGAACUUCUCCAAGAUGUUCGAGAUUGUGUUUGAGGACCCCAAGAAGCCAGGGGAAAAGCAGCUGGCUUUCCAGAACUCCUGGGGCAUUACAACCAGGACCAUCGGCGUCCUCACUAUGGUUCACGGAGACAACAUGGGACUUGUACUUCCACCCAGGGUGGCCUGCCUACAGGUUGUCAUUAUUCCAUGUGGGAUCACUGCAUCCCUGUCAGAGCAGGAUAAGGAGGCCCUCUUGGCUCAGUGCUCCAAAUACCUGAGCAGGUUGCUAGAUGCUGGCGUCAGGGUGAAAACCGACCUUCGAGACAAUUACUCGCCAGGAUGGAAGUUCAACCACUGGGAGCUAAAGGGAGUCCCUGUUCGUCUGGAAGUGGGCCCCAAAGACAUGCAGCAGAAGCAGUGUGUCGCAGUGAGGAGAGACACCGGCGCAAAGAUGACAAUUCCAGAGGCCGAGGUGGAGAAACGGCUGCUUGGCACGUUGGAGGAUAUCCAGAACAACCUGUUUAAGAAAGCUUCAGAUGACCUGAAGACUCACAUGGUGGCUGUAGACACAAUGGAAGAGUUCCAGAAAGAGUUGGACCAGGGCCAGAUUGUUCAGAUUCCUUUCUGUGGAGGAAUCGAAUGUGAGGACUGGAUCAAGAAGACCACUGCCAAGGACCAGGACCUGGAGCCUGGAGCUCCAUCCAUGGGAGCUAAAAGCCUGUGCAUCCCUUUCUCUCCUAUUAAAACCCUUCAGCCAGGUCAGAUGUGCGUCAGCGGCAAGGAGCCGGCGCAGUAUUACACUUUGUUCGGACGGAGCUACUAAGCACCCACUAAAAAUGACCAUCCCAGUAGAAAAAGGGCUGCCCCACGUUCUCUAACCUGUUUAACUUAACGGAGGGGGCUGACUCCUGUGGUUCAAAUUUAAAAUAUGUAUGUUUGUUUUCAUGAUUUUCUACAUGUUGUGAAGCAAAUUAAGGGAAGUUAGGGAUCUGGAAAUAGUUUACUGUUAGAAUUUGCUUAUUAUCCUUUAUCAGGCCUUUUUAUAGCAGAGGCAUCCCAAAAGGCAAUCCUGGUUCUUGCCCAGAAUUUCCAAAAGGCAGACUUGUUGCUAAACCUAAUGUAUUUUCUAGAAUUCAAAUGUAAUCAGUGUCAUGGUUUUGGUCAUAACUUCUGUAUCUAAUGGGUUUGAGGGUUUAGAAAUCUGGAAAACACAAAACAUAAGAAGUAGCAAUGAAAGGAAUUUAACAAUCUGCUAUCUGAGGAAAAACCUGGCAACACUUCGGCCUCACUUGUAGAGGAACUGUCUCAGGAACUUGGUGAGUACUAAGACUUGCAGUGGGAGAGUAAUUCUCACAGGUAUAUCAGCUAUGCUGUUUGUCCGGUUCCGUCAUGUUGGCUCAUUGUGAUCUUCUGAAGCCUACAAACUGUCACCGGAGGAAUCACUAUAUGUUGACAGGUCAAUGAUGUAGCUGCAUACCACUUUUGUCCAGCAAAAUAUCUUUGCAGUCUGUGUAUAAUAAAGUAAUUUCCACUGCAAA